GCGAAGUGUCCGGUGUGAACGCAAACGCAUCAGAGUCAGACUGUUGUCAAGAGAAACGUCGCUGAUCUCGGCUGCGCGUCUGUUAGCACCGACAAGAGAAGCUGUGUUUGACUCUAUCGUCGUCGGACUUUCUUGUCUCGGUAACACUGCGAUGUUGGGGUAUGUAUGGCAGUGGGUCUACACUUCCUACCUGAGAUACUGGCUGAAAUGGCUCAUAAGACAGCUGACAGGGAAAUGUGAGCUGCAGAGAAUAUGCUCCACAUAUCGACCCGGGGCUACCAGGACAACAAGUGCCGAAUACUCCCUCCGGUCAUCUAAGAGCAAGGUUUUAAGAGGAGCUUUGGAAAGCAGCCAGGAUAAACUUCAACAAUGUGUGGCUGAAAUUAUGAAAGAGAAGAAUGUGGAACCCCAAAAAGAUCCGCUGUUUAAGGAGAAUCUGCACACCUGUCUGCUACAAAUAACUGGAUACAGCAGCCUCUAUAUGUCUGUGGAAGACUUGAGAAAGGAGGUCUUCAGCUCAGAGAAUAAAGGACAUGAGGCAAUGAUUUUGAAGCUGUGGGACAUGUUGAUGCCAAACGUCAAACUGGAAUCAAGAUUAACCAAACAGUGGGGAGACAUUGGAUUCCAAGGAGAUGACCCCAAGACUGAUUUUAGAGGAAUGGGCAUGCUGGGACUAAUCAACCUCAUAUUUUUCAGUGAAAAUUACCCAAAAGAAGCUCAACAUGUGUUGUCUCAUGCAAACCAUCCGAAACUUGGGUAUUCAUAUGCUAUAGUUGGGAUCAACUUGACAGAGAUGGCCUACAGUCUCCUGAAGAGCGGUGCUUUGAAAGCACAUUUCUACAACACGGUGAAGGGCGCACCAGAGCUGCAGCACUUUCACCAGCUGUAUUGUUACCUGGCGUAUGAGUUUGAUAAGUUCUGGCUGUUGGAAGAACCAGAGAGCAUCAUGCAGUUCAAUCAGUACAGGGAAAAGUUCCAUAACAUAGUCAAGACACAUCUACAGGAGCCCGACGUGUCUCUCACACUGACUCUCCGCUCCAAAAACUAACGCAAAUAACAGACUGCAAUGGCUUCAGAAUUCCCCGUAGCCCCUGGUGACAGAAGGCGAAGAGGUUCAGCACAAGUGAUGCUGAACGUCAACAAUCGUAGAGGCUGACUGAAACUCACCUGGAUUUGAGAAGUUUAGAAAAACACGUGUGGUUUUGUGUUUUAUUCGUCACAUUCAGCUCCUGUUAUAGUCAAAGAGCAGGUUGUUUUAAAUUAUAGCACAAGCCGACCAGCCUGUACCUCAGUGAUGACCAUUCCAGUUUAAACUGUUUUUCAGAGAAUUGUGGUAAUAAUAAUAAUAAUAACAAUAAUGAGUAGCUCUGAGUUUAAUGAGUGUUAAAGCACUUUCCGUAAGCAAGCAGCCAAAUAGUUUGUGUUACAGCGACAGAAAUAUGGUGAUUAACGGCCAUGUUUUUUUAGCUGUCAUGUUAAUAUUUGUUGUCAUAGUUGUCCUUCUCAGGAAUUUGAUAUUUACGUCCACUGAUCAUGGUUAAAACGUCAUGAAUGUGUUCUCCGUCUGAAACCUUAACAUCUCCACUGCACCAUCAAUGGAAUCUGUAUCAUGUGGUGAUGAGCUUAAAUCCUUUGUACGCCUGAUGCAUUUUCCUUGUGAUUUGUUUUUGAGGACGUUAUGUGAUUAUUUAUUCACCUUACUCAAAACCUAUAAAUUCACUUUUUGACGUUU